ACCAUUUGGUCUCAGUUUAAUGAGGACGCAGAAACUGAUUCAGGUCUCAUCUGUCAAAAGGUUUCAGGCUGAAGCAUGGACAAUGACAACGGUAACCGGACCUCACUGGGGAGCCUCAUAAGCUCCCAUAAAACCAGUCAUGGCUGCUAUGAUGGCGAAACUGGACUCACCUUCUUUGUGGUGACAUUAACCAUCGCUUGCAUCGGCCUUCCUUUGACCAUCAUGGCCAUCAUUGCUCUUUAUUCACUGGUACGAAACGAUCACGUUGUUCCCGUAUACGUCAUCAACCUUCUGAUAACCGACCUCAUUCAGCUCUGCUGCUUAACUGUUCGGGUGGCAGUCAGUGACGGGAGGAUUUGUGAGGUUUUCGUUUACAUUCUUCAAAUUAGUAUGAUGGUCAGCAUCUGCUUCAUGGUGGUAAUCUCCCUGGAAAGGUAUUUGGUCGUCGCCUGGCCACUGUGGUACAGAUUCAGACGAAACAUCAAGACAUCAGUGAUAGUCUGUGUAGUGAUCUGGCUCCUUCCUCUUUUAUACAUUCCCAUCUUUUUCUUUGCUUAUAACUACACUGAAACAGCUGUAGCUUCCUUCCUGCUCCUUCCAUUCCCGCUGCUCUGUUUCUUCCUGGCUGGGACAGUUAAAGCCCUGUCUGCUUCCAUCAGUGUCCCUGCAGAUGAAAAACGACGAGUUGUGGCAGUUCUGGUCCUGGUGUUGCUGAUUUACACUCUGCUGUUUCUGCCUCGUAUCAUUUAUUCCCUAGCAAAGAAAUACAGACAUGACCCAACUUUUGAAACUGUGACUGUAAUUCCAGUUUACUUCAGUCCUCUGGCAGAUCUGUUUCUGUAUGUUUUCAUGAGGAAAGGUGUCUGUGAUAGACUUUUAACUGUUCUGUGUUGCUGCAAAAUGGACCAAGACGAUAUGAGCAAAUCAAACAAGGAAGGUAUCACGUGGGGAACAGACAAUCCUUCACGUGAAGAGAAAACAGAGAUAGAAGAUCAAGUGUAG